CCUCUUCAGUAUAUGACAUUUAUUAUCAAUCUACUUCCCAGUCUCCUUUUUAUCUUCCUCAACACUUUCGGUUUCUCUGAUUCUUUCCUUUUAAUCAAGCCUUUGCCCUCAGAAAAUCCAUUCUUUUCUCUCGUAUUCUUUCUUUCCCUUGAGUCUUGGGAACAUCCUUCGUUUGCUCCAUUACUAGACCAUCAUCUUCUGAAGACCCCACUGUCUCUUGAAUACGCAUUGCAAUACAGUUUAUCUAUAUCAUACGAACCUCACUUUCCCAUCCGUCACUAUGUCUUUGACCUACUCGGACAACCUUGCUCCCCAGCCCAUGACCGAUAUCUUCACCGACGACACUUGCAUUGACCGGCGCAAGUGCCACCGGACGGUGCCUAUGAAGGUACUGGCACUCGGCGUUGGGAGAACAGGAACAGCGUCUCUCCGCAUCGCUCUGGAGCGCCUCGGAUACCUGAAAUGCUACCAUAUGAUGUCUGCUAGUGUGGAGAACCCUCCCGACUGCUUGAUGUGGCACGAUGCCCUCAUCGCCAAGUAUGAUGGUGUGGGUGAGUUUGGAAGGAAAGAAUGGGAUCAGUUGCUGGGAGAGUGCCAGGCUGUCUGCGACUGGCCCGCCUGUGCUUUUGCUAAAGAGCUGAUUGAAGCCUACCCGAAUGCUAAGGUCAUCCUGACUACUCGUGAAGUGGACUCGUGGCAUGCAUCCGUCAUGAAGACUGUGUUUUGGCGUGUGAGCGAUCCUGAGCACAGCUUCGUUUCGAACUUCAGCUGGGCUGCCAGCAUGUACUACCCUAUGUUGAACAAGUUCUUCGAGACCUUCUUCCGCGGGGACUUCCCCAACAAGGGCAAGCAGGUGUACCAGGAUCACGUUGACGAAGUCCGCAGCCUGGUUCCACCUGAGCGUCUGUUGGAGUACAAGAUUAGCGAUGGCUGGGGCCCUCUGUGUGAAUUCCUGGGAGAAGACGUCCCCGACACUCCAUUCCCCCGUGGAAAUGAUAUGGCCGACUUCUUCAAGCGUUGCCGUACCCGCAACAGGCACCAGAUGAUGAAUGCUGCCCUGCAAGCUGUCACGAUGGGUGGAGCCCUCCUGGCGACCGGAUUGGCCGCUACUAUGGCUUUCAAGCGCUUCUGUCGGUGAACGUAUUUUCUUCUUUGUUUCUUCCUUGGGUGUUAUGGUGUGCGCUGGGCGCAACUCAUGGCUUUUCUUGUUUGAAAAUAUGGUCCCUGUAUAAUUUUCUUGGCUAGCGUCUUUGUCUUUUCUUAGUACAUAUAAUAUCCAACCACAUGAUUUC